UACACGGAUGUACCUCGCUUCUGGUGUUUGGGGAAAGUAUACCUUUCAACCUCUGUGCUAGCUUCGCAGCUGAUGACAUAGCGUUAUCUCAUUGGCUUCCGGAGCACAAGUUAAUUUAAGAAAUGCGAACUUUGACUUGCAUGAAAGUCAAAGCAGGCCUGCGUUUGAACGUGUCAGUUGUCGGACGAUUCGCAAAAACAGUUGAUUGUUGGCCACCGGUGGACUUCAUCCAGUGUGAUCAAGCACAGAUAUUGCCUGUGAUAUUGCUACUUCCACGAAAGUAACCAUGGCCUGAUAAUGCCAAUGGCACCUUCAACACUAUUGAUUGAUUCGAAGUAGCAUACUGCCGAAGUUGAGCAAAACCCCUUUACGUUCUCGGGGAGCCGCGUCUCUUGUGAUUGAUCGAUGUCUCUCAUUUCAAAACUUGAGCACAAGAAUCAUAGCGAAAGAGCACAAGGCAGCUCUUGCAGUCUAACAUUAGAAGGAUCUCGUGAAGUUGGGUCUCCAAAUGGCCAAUUACAAAACAUUCAAAAAGCAGCAGCACUUUUCGGGUAUUUCGAGCUGUCAGCCAGAAGUUUAAAGACGUGGAGGCGUUUUGGAGAGCCUUUAGUGCACCGACAAUGACAUCAGAAGCGCCUCGGAGACUCCGUACCCCAGAUUCACCUAUCAACAGGAGAGCUAUUUCCCGUUGGUACACCAUCUACUGGCCAAAGAAAUGGAUGGAAAGGGACGAGCGGAGUGUUCUCUUAGAUUCCAAGGGUAUCGAGAGAAGAAGGUUAUCUUCAUGAAAGAGCUGUCACGGUCGCAGGGCUUGCAUCACCAAGCCCGAUGACGACAACCCCGCUACCAAAAAUCCAGGGUCCAAUCAUACCUUCCACCAUCUUCCCCACGUUCUGUCUACUCGAGCUACUCGAGCUACUUGAGCAACUUUAGAUACCCUAGGCUUCUUCUGACUGUUCUCACGACUGAACACUUCGAUUGGGUCAGCUUCCCAGAUCCCUCUACUGCCCAAAGUCGAAAGCUCUCGGUAGACAAACCUCCCGGACUUGGAUGUAGAUCUUGCCGGCGUGUGCUCUAAUGCUUGCUGAUGCAAAUAUUACUCCUCGAUCUCAGAGUGACAGGAAGGAACUCUCGGCUAUCGUCACACUCUCAAGAGGGCGAGGAGGGGUAUCGGGCCAAGUGAUGAGGUACCUGGAGAUCCCCAAUUCACAUACAGUACUUCUUGGUUAUGAAUGUGGGGCAUAGUAAGAGCGGCCGCAGCACGGAUGGAUCAACAAUGGAAUCAGAUCCCUUGGCCAUACCUUACUGUAUUGAUCGGAUAUCGCCAGUCCGGACCUACAGUACUGUACUACUGUACUAAUGGUUUGAGCUUAUCUCCCCGUCCACUUCCGCAAUAAUAUAUUUUGCCUUUCCACGGUACAGUGUGUCCUCGAUGAUCAACAUGUCAUGAAAGGAGAUUCCGAAUAUUCGAAAUUGAGGCGAGCUGGAACACUCCCCUCAAUGCUCCUUAAAAAUUCUGGACCGGUCGACGUUGAAGACGUCUCCAAAGUAUAUAGCUGUUUCGUAUCAUCGUGGCUGGCGGAACUCUCGCCUUGGCGUCUGGCUGGACCCCAUCACGCCUUUUGUGGUGGUUGCUGGAAGCGUCGUGGGCUGAAAAUCCCCAGUCGAGCCUCUGCCCGGUUCGGGCAUCGCCAGGGCUGGAUAGGGCUUAGACGGUGUGAUUGACAAUUCCAGGCAGCCAAUAACGGGAGGAUCGUCAAGCCCAGCAGAUACAGUACAGUAGCACAUUCACACGCACUGGAAUCGAGAUCCUUGAUCCCAGCGCACAUCAAGCGAGUCCAGGAGUCCUGGAGUCCAGCCUCCAUCACGCUGAAGCUUGGAGCUCUGACAGCCCCGUUCCUCCUCCUCGGAAUCCUAGUGUGGGGGAGAGGGUCACAUCGAGAUAUCCCCGGCGGGCCUUGAUUGUCUUGGGGGACCUUCGCUUGAGGGUUCCAGGUGCGACCGACUCAGCGACAACACCGUGCGGGCAGUUCAUGAUGGAGUCUGAUGUACCUUAUGCCCCUGCCUUGCUGCAACAAAUUUUCCCAUGGCCUCGCCUCGCCUCGCCACGCCACGCCACGCCACGCCACAAGAAAGGAAAAACAACAAUUGAACAGCGAGACCUUAUCAGAUAUGUAGGUACUGUACGGAAUAGGUAGAGAGCACAGUGCAGGAGCUGCGCGGGGUGAGCAUCGAUCAUCAACUCGAUCCAGCAGACCACGGCCAUCUCAGGGCCUAGCCGAUUCCUGUCCCUCGUUUACUGAAUCGGCGAAAGUGGUACAGCUGAGGGAGGAUAUAGCGAGCGGGGGUAGCGUCUUCCAAGGCGAAGAGCUCAUGGCCAUAGAUUUGCCUCUUGGUCUGUGGUUCUAACUGUAGUUCCAUUGCACACCACCAGGCCAGAACGGGGCCAAGCCAUCAUAGAGGGCUACGGAGGUACUGUGUACCUAGUACGGAGGGUAGGGUAGAUAAAUUUACUAGAGAGCAGAGAGUCGCUGCUUUCAGCUUCAAGCCACCACCACCAGGACCAGGGCACGACCAGGGCACUGCGAUUCCAGAUUUCGCGGACUGCAGCCAGCCAGCCAGCCAGACAAGCAGCGCGUGCCGGCCAGGCUCCUUGCUCUUGGUGCACCACCACUACACUGCACUGCACUGCACUGCACUGCACUACACUACACCUCACCCAUGCCAGCACCUCCACCUCCACCUCCACGUCCACGUCUUGCCGCUAUUGAAAGUUCACGCUGCGAAGGUCUCGUCCACAGGCGGCGGGGCGGCAACCACCACGGCUGGCUGCCCCGGCUGAGACACAUGCUUGCUUAUCAUUAUUCGUUAAGGUAUAUCAAAUCCGAGUCCCAUCAUGGCUCCCAGAGCUGUCUCGUCACUUUUCUUUCGACUUGAUUAUUCGAGAUUCCUAAUCUCAUACCUUUCCCUCUCUUGAGCCUCCAUAUUGUUUGGAACAUCUGAUUGAACUGUACCCUACCCAGAGAAGCUCCUCUGCGAGAGUCGGUCCCUGGACACUAGAGCUGCUUGAUCGACAACUGGCGGCUCGCCUUGACGUCGUACCGACGAUCACAGAACACCCAGCGCAGUGACGCUCAUGCAAGUGGAAAUAAUCCAGUGACUUGUACAAUAUCUCGAAAUGAAUAUCAGCAUGUCCCUGGCCAUGUCAAUGGCUGGUAAGCCAAAAGUACCCUCCAGAGCAAGCUCGAUACGAACGCCAGCCAAAGAACCUGUCAGAUCCAGUUCGGUAUGCUCCAAGGACUUUUCAUUGUACAAAGGAGUUUCAGAGAGACCGCUGGGCUGGAAACCAAAACGACCAGAGAGGAACCCAGGAAGGCUCUCUUUCUGCAAUCCAACUCUGGGAGAACCAGUAAUUGAAAUGAAUGUAAGAAGGUGGGACGGCGCAGCAAGGAGAUCCGUUGAAUGGGAUGGACUCAGAAGAGUAAGAUCUCAACUUUUCUGUGUGGUUGACAUACCUGCUCACAUGUGUCGUCAGGAUCCCGAAUUAUGGUACAACGAUGGCAAUUGUCUUGUCCAUUUGUACGGACAGGGUCAAUCCAGACGAGGACCGGCAUUCAAGAUUCCCAUGGACGCCCUUCUUCAAACAAGUUGUCGCCCCCUUCUGGACCGAUUCUUAGCUGCUUCGCCGGGAAGCUCACCGUCCUCGCAAUGCAGCAGCGAUGACAGCUACUUCGGCCAUUCGAGGCAGAGAACUUACGAACUUUACAUUCCAGCCCCAGCUAAUGUCGACCGAGGAGAGGCGUUUCUAUACCACACAGCAACGAGGAAUUUUUUCGCCUGGGUUUUUGGAAAGUCUCUUGUCGGAGUCCACCUCGGCGGUGCGCUUGUAGGGCUCUUGAAUAGUAUGAAUGAGUUUCGAUCUCCAGACGAGGACAAUGUUCAGGGUAUCAUCGACUAUAUGGAUGAAGAAGGAUAUGCGGACAUGAGGAGUGCCCCAGAUCAUGCUUUGGCAAUUCUCUACUUUGCAGAACACUUCCGAUUCAGGGACCUUUGGAUUGAUGCAUUUGCACACUGUACUGGCAUGAAUGAGAGACUCAUUGUCAGUCCUGGAUUCGAGUUCAUUGCUAGAACCACCCGCGCGCUCGUAACACGAUCGAGAUACGAAAUGGAUAUGAGAUUGGACCAAUGUGGAGAAAGACUCAGCUCCUUCCUCUCAGACGACCUCUCCGAUUCACACCUCGGCCUAUCAUCCGCCGCGCGAGCUCACCUCGACAAGUUCAGAUCUUUCUUACAAUCCUACUACGUCGCCAAAUUUGGCUAUUACCCACCAGCAUCCGAAGAUGGACGUGCUGCCUUUCCCAAACACAUCUAUGCUCAAAUGUGUUCGGAAUUUCACAAGCUAUAUGAAUACAUGGUGGAUAAGUCGCGCACAAAUGUCGACUCUCUCCCACUUACCCACUCGGGCGGAGUGUGUGUUUUGCAGAACGUGCAGGCAUUCGACCAGCGGCACAAAUACCAACCAUUGGAGCAUCCAUUUCCUCUACUCCCAGAAAGCGAGGAUAAUUCGAAGCCUCCAACAAACAAGCGAUUUAGUCUUUCCUUCAAAGCAGACAAGAUGAAGCCAGAUCCACGACUCGUGACGCUCGCUCACCUCGUCAAGGCUACCAACGUACAUGACCAAAGUCUCCUUGACUCAACACUUGUCCGGGCAUAUAGAGGCUUCGAAAAAGACUGUGUCUUCUAUCCUACCAAGGACAGACACGAAAAGUUGUCUCAAACCGAUGCUCGCAAGGUCAGAUGGAUUCUCGUCUAUUCAAUACUGCAGACUCUACUUUCAGCAACCUUGGCUCCAGAGGAGGUACGCGACACACACAAUGUGCCAUACAACAUUUGCGUGCUCACAGCCGGGUGUCCACCUUGGAAAGAACGGCCGUACGAGACUCUUGUGAGAACGCAAACAGACCAAACGAAACUUGACUUCGAGGCAGCAACCUCGCAGUCGCCGGUAGACAACGAGCCCUACUCUCCAUCAGAGAUCAGACCCGAUAUCGACUACUUUGCCAUCACACAUGCUCGACAGAACAGUGAGAUCUCGCUAUCUUCCACAGCAUCGAAGAAGGGAACAGUCAGAAGAGCACUCAGCACUCUUGGUAAUAUGCCCGAGCUUCGCCAUCCCAAACCUCAGCGAGCAUCGUUCCACGAGAUUUUGGUCCACGGAUAUGGCAACGGUACGAAUAACGUUUGCAUCACAGCCCGACCUGCAACCACAAGCCCAGAAGAUUCGCCACACAAGGUAUCUUUCGAUUCUGGCUCGUCAUCUAUGGAGGAUCUCUCCUCGAGAUGGUCGAAUACUUCUUUCGGUGGUCCUGACAGUCCUCUGACCAGUGCCUCCAACAGUCGAAGAGGUUCCGAUGCUAGUGUUGAGAUCUCGAAGAAGUCUAUCAAGAACUUACUUGAUCGACCAUUGAGUGCAUUCGGCCUGGCCAGACCACCAAGCAGUCUCUACUCAGAAAGCGUUUAUAGCGUGGAUCCAUUGCAGCCAGACCCAUUACAGGUGAAGAAGGCUGACCAGGAGUUUGUGAAAGUUACCACGGAGGUGAAGGUUGAGUAUGAGGAGAAGGAUGAGCCGAUCCGAAACAUUCAUGUCGCAUUCUGAAAAUGUGGCUUUCAAGUUUUCCUUUGUGUUUGGAGUCUCUGGAGGGAAGGAGUUGUCCGGUUUUCAUGAUACCCAAUCACGCUCCCUUCAAGUUUUGUUUCCUUGUUUCAAGAUUGGAUGUCGUGAUAGACUUAAUGUCUAAUUGCAUCCGAAUACUGUAUAAUUAUAAUGUUAGAUACUUGUUCAUAGGGAUUAGCUAGGCAGCGGACAAUAAAAUUUGGUCUGGAUACUCAGAAACGUUCAAGUCCUCUCGAAGCUUGUCGCCAAAUGAGAGCCAUGAAUAUCAUAAAGUCAUCGAGACGACCAAAAUUAUGUUGUAGGGUGGUUUGUACCAAAGAUACCCUUUUCAAGCUGACAUGGCGGCGUGGA